GUUUUUCAAAGGUGAGAGCCACCCUUUUUCUCUUACAAGCUACUAGAACACCGUUUGCUUUGCUCUCCCUUCAUUUUGCAAAACCUCUGGGUAUCUAACUCUGCAGCCAUGGGAAGUUUGGAAGUUGAAUCAACAAAUGGUCACACCUCAAGUCCUCACAAAAAAACUGAAAAAUCGGAGAGAGAGAGGAGAAUUGAUGAGUGGCUUCCAAUUACUUCUAAAAGGAAUGGAAAAUGGUGGUAUUCAGCUUUCCACAAUGUUACUGCCAUGGUUGGAGCUGGUGUUCUCGGUCUUCCCUAUGCCAUGUCAGAGCUUGGAUGGGGUCCAGGUGUAACUAUACUUAUCCUCUCAUGGAUCAUCACCCUGUACACACUAUGGCAAAUGGUUGAGAUGCAUGAAAUGGUUCCAGGAAAACGGUUUGAUAGAUACCACGAACUGGGCCAGUAUGCCUUUGGUGAAAAGCUAGGCCUUUAUAUUGUGGUGCCUCAACAGCUUGUGGUUGAAAUUGGGGUGAACAUUGUGUACAUGGUCACUGGGGGAACAUCAUUGAAGAAGUUCCAUGAUACUGUGUGUUCAAACUGCAAAAACAUCAAAUUAACGUUUUUCAUUAUGAUCUUUGCCUCUGUUCACUUUGUACUGUCCCAUCUCCCUGACUUCAACUCCAUUACUGGUGUAUCCUUGGCAGCAGCAGUCAUGUCCUUAAGUUACUCUACAAUUGCUUGGGUAGCUUCUGUACAUAAGGGUGUUCAAGAAAAUGUACAAUAUGGUUACAAAGCUAAGAGUACUUCAGGGACAGUGUUUAACUUCUUUAAUGCCCUUGGCACUGUGGCUUUUGCCUAUGCUGGGCACAAUGUGGUGCUAGAAAUUCAAGCAACAAUCCCAUCCACACCAGAGAAGCCAUCCAAGGUUCCUAUGUGGAGAGGAGUGGUUGUUGCCUACAUAGUUGUGGCUAUAUGCUACUUCCCUGUUGCUCUUAUUGGCUACUGGAUGUUUGGCAAUGAGGUUGAUUCUGACAUCCUCAUCUCUUUGGAGAAACCAACUUGGCUUAUUGCAAUGGCUAACUUGUUUGUUGUUAUUCAUGUAAUUGGAAGCUAUCAGAUUUAUGCAAUGCCAGUGUUUGACAUGAUUGAAACGGUGAUGGUCAAGAAAUUGAAUUUCGAACCAAGCAGAAUGCUUCGUUUUGUUGUACGUAAUGUAUAUGUGGCAUUCACUAUGUUCAUUGCUAUUACCUUCCCAUUUUUCGAUGGUCUCCUAGGAUUUUUUGGAGGGUUUGCUUUUGCUCCAACAACAUACUUUCUCCCCUGCAUCAUGUGGCUUGCAAUCCACAAACCAAAGAGAUACAGCUUGUCUUGGUUCAUUAACUGGAUCUGCAUUGUGCUUGGCCUAUGUUUAAUGAUUUUAUCACCUAUUGGAGGAUUGAGGACAAUCAUAAUUAAAGCCAAGACCUACGAAUUUUACUCUUGAACUCUUUCUCCUCUUGACUCAGUCAUGGAAAGUUAACUAUAUGGAAAUGUGUGUGAUUUAUCAUAGGUCGCUCUUUAAUUUACUAUUGCAAAAGAUUGCUUGUAUAGUAUUGCGUGUUGGUGGAAGGGGAAAUUAUUCCCACGGAAUCUCAUGAAAGAGGAAUUUCUAGAUGUUUUUUUCCUUUGGCAUUUUCAUUAUAGGAAUGUACCAUUUUCUCUUUGCUCUACAUUAUUCUCGUAAUGAUACCUAUUUUGUAAAGCACAUAUAGCAUGUUUGGCUUUGAUUAAUUUUUGGAAACAAGCAAGAUUUGUUUUCCUUUUAA